CCAAAGUUUUUCUAUUUUUAUUUCUUUCUUUUUCUUUCACUUUCUUAUUUGAUCUCUUUUAAUACCAUGACCGCUAUUAACGAAAACAUACAACAUGCUAUUGAAGCUGCUGUAGCUUCUUAUUCCAUCGAUACUUCUCGUAUUAUUGAAAAAGUACUUCAAAACGAUGCUGACCAGCAAGAACCUGUACCUUCCAUUGUCGCGUCAACUGACACCGAGAUUCCUGUCCCCGGUCCCGUUGUCAAUGCCGUACAACAAAUCAACGAAACCAAACAAGAACCUGUCAUUGCUUCCACUACUACUGAUUCAUCUGAUUCCACUCCUGUUAUCAAUGAACCCGAAGAAAAAAAGGAGCUCGUUGAAGAAGUUACUACCUCUACUUCUAUUGGCCUUCCCGUCUCUGCUCCAGUUGCUGAUGCUAUCAUUGAAGCUAAAGAACAAGAAACCAAUGAAGAAUCAAGGAAGAAGCAAAGGAAGAAACAAAGGAAGAAGCAAAGGAAGAAGCAAAGGAAGAAAUCAAGGAAGAAAUCAAGGAAGAAAUCAAGGAAGAAAUCAAGGAAGAAAUCAAGGAAGAAAACAAGGAAGAAAACAAGGAAGAAGCAAAGGAAGAAAUCAAGGAAGAAAUCAAGGAAGAAAUCAAGGAAGAAAUCAAGGAAGAGAGCAAGGAAGAAAUCAUUGAUGAAGUCAAGGAAGAAGACUGUAUCUUCUCCCUUCAUUGCUGUUUGUCCUCCUCAUCCUGAUGCUGUUAAGAAUCAAGAGCAAACUCUCAUCACGGAAGAACAUAUUCCUGCCGAAGUCAACGUUGAACAAGUACCUGUUUUGGAAAAUGAUGCUACUCCCGCUCAAGUGAAACCACAAAUGGAAACUUUGCCUAUCGAUAUCAAGUUGGAUGAAAAGCCUGUGGCGGAAGAACCUAUUGCUGCGGUGAACGAUGUCAAGGAAACUGUUGUGGAAAGUACAACUACUACUGUUACUGAUGACGCCAAAGAAACUCUCGUGGAAAAUACGCCUUCUGCUGUUGUUGAUGAUGUCAAGGAAACUGUUGUGGAAAGUACAACUACUACUGUUACUGAUGAUACCAAAGAAACUAUCGUGGAAACUGCAUCUGCUGUCGUUGUUGAUGAUGUCAAGGAAACUGUUGUGGAAACUGCAUCUGCUGUCGUUGUUGAUGAUGUCAAGGAAACUGCUGUGGAAACUGCAUCUGCUGUCGUUAUUGAUAAUAUCAAGGAAUCUGUUGUGGAAAGUACACCAGCCGCUGUUGUGGGUGAACCUAUUAACGAACGAUCCGUUCCUACUCCUAUUUUGGAAGAAUCAUCUGCCGCGAAGGCCGUGCCCAUUACACAAGAAUCACAAGAAGCACCAAAAAUGGAAUUCAUUCAAAAACCUGAACCUAUUAUUCCUGUCCCACUGGAAUCAAGUGAAGUAGCUCCUACUUUGCCUUCUGUUGCAUCUAAAUCUUUACCUCCUCAACCUGAAACUCGUUCUCAAGUUCCCACUGAAGCUCAAUCAACUGCCGAUGCACAUUCUUCUACUCCUCAAGGACAAGCACCCAAAAACAGUGAACCCAAGUCUUCUCGCUGUACUAUCAUGUAGUUAGUUGAUUUAUUAUUUUAGUGGAUAGGUUAUUUCCUUGGUUACAUUUUUAUAUAUAUAUAUAUAUAUGUAUACUCUUUUUUUUAUUAUUAUUAUUAUCAUCCUUCAAAUAAACCUAAAAUACUGUAUAUGUCUAUGUCAAAA